GCGCUUGGUCACGUCUGAACCUCUCGACAUUAAACUGGUGAGAGGCAGCACCACAACGCCAACACAGGCCACCAUGUCGGCCGAACCGCUUCAGGGCCUCGCCAGCGUGGGGAAGGGGCAGAGCACUCGCGGCUUGCUACGGGUGAUCAUCCUCGCACUCAUCGCUGGUGCCGCAAUCUCGAGCCGGCUGUUCUCCGUCAUUCGUUUUGAGAGCAUUAUCCACGAAUUCGACCCUUGGUUCAACUUCCGCGCCACCAAGUACCUCGUCGCGAAUGGCUUUUACAACUUCUGGGACUGGUUCGACGACCGGACAUGGCAUCCCCUGGGCCGUGUGACGGGAGGUACGCUCUACCCCGGCCUCAUGGUUACGAGCGGCGUCAUCUACCACGCCCUCCGGGCCCUUACGAUCCCCGUGGAUAUCCGGAAUAUCUGCGUGCUGCUUGCGCCCGCCUUCUCUGGCCUUACUGCCUGGGCCGCUUACCUCCUCACCAAUGAGAUGACGCCGUCCUCCUCGGCUGGCCUCCUGGCUGCCCUGUUUAUGGGCAUUGCCCCUGGCUACAUCUCCCGGUCGGUCGCGGGUAGUUACGACAACGAGGCCAUUGCCAUCUUCUUGCUCGUCUUCACCUUCUACCUUUGGAUCAAGGCGUUGAAGCAGGGGUCCAUGCUGUGGGGGGCGCUCUGCGCGCUGUUCUACGGCUACAUGGUUGCCUCGUGGGGAGGCUACGCCUUCAUCACCUGUCUUCUUCCCCUGCACGCCUUUGUCCUCAUCUGCAUGGGCCGGUACAGCACUCGGCUCUACGUGGCGUACACGACCUGGUACGCCCUCGGCACGCUGGCGAGCAUGCAGAUUCCCUUUGUUGGUUUCCUGCCUGUCAAGACCAGCGAACACAUGCCUGCAUUGGGCAUUUUCGGCUUUCUGCAGCUGCUCGCCUUCCUCGACUAUGUCCGUUCAGCGAUUCCUAGUCGCCAGUUCCAAACCUUCCUGUGGCUGUUUGCCGGCGGUACCUUCGGUCUGGGUCUCCUGGGGUUGGUUAUCGCCACCAGUGCAGGCUUCAUCGCGCCGUGGAGUGGACGCUUCUACUCGCUCUGGGACACGGGCUACGCCAAGAUCCAUAUCCCCAUCAUUGCCUCGGUGUCAGAACACCAGCCCACGGCAUGGCCGGCCUUCUUCUUCGACCUCAACAUGCUGAUCUGGUUGUUCCCCGUCGGUGUCUACCUCUGCUUCCAGCAGCUCGCCGAUGAGCACGUCUUCAUCGUCGUCUACGCUCUGUUCGGGAGCUACUUUGCCGGCGUCAUGGUCCGUCUGAUGCUCACCCUCACACCGGUGGUCUGUGUUGCCGCCGCAAUGGCCGUCUCAGCUCUCCUCGACACUUACCUCAGCGCAAAGUCUCCCAAACCCCAGGAAACACAGGCUGCGGACGGGUCCGAGGGGAAGAAGGCGGUGAAAUCCGGACUCCGGUCCACGGGCAAGCCGGUGGUGGGUGUCUAUGGGCUCUGGGGCAAGAGCAUGAUGGUCAGCGCCCUGGCAGUAUACCUGUUGGUGUUUGUUCUGCACUGCACAUGGGUCACAUCGAACGCCUACUCGUCUCCGUCAGUUGUCCUGGCUAGCAGACUGCCUGACGGAAGUCAGCACAUCAUCGAUGACUACCGUGAGGCGUACCAGUGGCUCCGCCAGAACACGCACGAGGACGCCAAGAUCAUGUCGUGGUGGGAUUACGGCUACCAGAUUGGUGGCAUGGCUGACCGCCCGACGCUCGUCGACAACAACACUUGGAAUAACACACAUAUCGCUACCGUGGGCAAGGCCAUGAGCUCUCGCGAGGAGGUCAGCUACCCAAUCAUGCGCCAGCACGAGGUUGACUAUGUCUUGGUCGUUUUCGGCGGUCUUCUCGGCUACUCGGGCGAUGAUAUCAACAAGUUCCUGUGGAUGGUCCGCAUUGCCGAGGGCAUCUGGCCCGAUGAAGUCAGCGAGCGGGCCUUCUUCACGCCGCGGGGCGAGUACCGCGUUGACGGCGAAGCCACCGAGACCAUGAAGAACAGCUUGAUGUACAAGAUGUCCUACUACAACUACAACAACCUCUUCCCUCCGGGACAGGCCGUGGACCGCAUGAGGGGUGCCCGCCUGCCCGAAGUCGGCCCAAAUCUUAACACGCUGGAGGAGGCGUUCACGAGCGAGAACUGGAUUAUCCGCAUCUACAAGGUCAAGGACCUUGAUAACCUUGGCCGUGACCACGCAUCAGCGGCAGCGUUUGACCGUGGGCACAAGAAGAAGAAGGUGACGAAGAGGAAAGGUCCCCGGGUGCUUCGGGUGGAUUAAGGGGCUAGAUUUCUACCUAGCAUUCACCAAUGUUCACCAAGAAAGUAUGUUAGAGUCAGUCUACUUUUUCCUUUUUCGUGCAAUAUAGGGAUUGGGGAAAACAAAAUUGGGCUUGCAGCGAACAGGACCUGCCUCGUCUCAUCUUGACCAACAGGUGCCCCUGAUGUAAACAACUGCCUCCCCCCCUUAUCGACUCCUCACACCGCCUUCAUAUCGC